AUGAGCCAGCCGUAUGCCAACAUUGAUGAGAGGUGGCCAGUUGCACCCAAGUCGUCCAUAUACGGCGAGAGUAAAGCUCAAGGGGAGCGGAUAGUGCUGGAAGCAAACAAUCAGAAAAUGUCGACCUGCGUGCUGAGACCCUCGGUGCUGUUUGGUGAAGGGGACAACCAGCUGAUACCACCAAUUCACGCCUGCAUUGCCAAACAAGAGACUCGCUGGGUGAUUGGGGACGCCAGCAAUCUCUGGGACACGACUUACGUUGGCAAUGUGGCUGACGCACACGUUCUUGCCGUCGAAAACCUGUUGGAUUUGCAAUCAGCGGGAUCAAAGCGUGGCUGCAAUGGUCAAACAAGAGCGGAAAGCGCCGCUGGGCAUAUCUUCUUCAUCCAAAACAACGAACCCGUCUCUUUUCGUGAAUUCAGCCUUGCUGUUUGGAAAGAGUUUGGGCAUUUUCCGCCCGCCUGGGAAGUUCACAUUCCAGAAGGACUGGCAUGGGUCCUAGGCUUGGUCGCGGAAGUCUUUACCCGAGUUUCGGGCACUCCAACGACCCUCUCGCGUGGAAGCGUGAUGGACGCCUGCGCGAUGCGGUAUGCCAGUGGUGCUAAAGCCAGGAGGAUCCUCGGCUAUCACCCUCGAGUAGGCCUUGAAGCUGGAAUUAGGACAAGCUGUGAGAUUUUUGAAGGUACCAAGGCGCUGACUGAUGUCAAUGCGGAUCAGCACUAUGCUAAAAGACUGACGAGAGGCUCCUUCCGUGUCAAAUGA